AUGAUAGACAGGGCCUUGCUUCUUUCUCUUUCGGCACUAGUAUGUGUGUGGGUAUUUCAGGCGAUAUACAGGAUAUACUUCCACCCCCUGUCGAAAUAUCCGGGAUCUAAAGUCGCUGCCGUAUCGGAUUCAUGGUGGGAAUUUUAUUGGAAUUAUUAUCGAAAUGGCGAGCUGCUGUUUGAGAUCGAUAGGCUUCAUAAGCGCUACGGGCCUGUAAUUCGAGUUGGUGUGAACACUCUGCACAUUAGCGAUCCAGAAGUGUAUCAAGAUCUAGUAAGAACCAACUCGAGUUUCACCAAAGACCCUCACUUCUAUCUAAAUAUCUCGUUUCCUGGCACUCUGAUCGGAGAGACGAACCCGGCCAAGCAUCGGGUUCGAAGAAAGGUUCUGGCGCCGGCCUUAUCAGGGUCUAGGGUACAAGAACUGGCUCCCGCGAUUUUGACGAAGACCAAGCAAUUGAUAAAGAGGUUUGAGGAGGUGGCGGAUAGAAAGUCGCCGAUAUGCAUCACCGCCGCCGCAAAAGCAUUCACUAUGGACAUUAUCUCCAAGAUCGUCCUCGGUCAGGAGUUAGGCUGUGUUACGGAACCCAACUUUCGCAACCAGCUUACGGAAUACCUCGAAGCAGGUUUUAAAAUAGGCUGGGUAGGAACUGCGUUUCCGACAAUUUCAUCUAUCGCGCUCAAAGCCGCAUCUAUGACCUCAUUCGUCCUUUUCCCUAUGCCCUUAUUUAGCUUCAAGCGUGCCUGUCUUAAUAUUACUGGGAGAUAUCUAGAGACUUUCAAUCCACACCAGGCAGGAAGUCAAUUGAGCAGUGCGGCUCGUCAGCUGCAAAAGAGCUACGGCGAGCGAUCGGCUGUGAUAGAUAUGCUUAUGGAUCCAAACUCCGCCAAGGAUCAUCAAGCCCCGAAUCUGGAAGAGCUAAACGACGAACUCGUCAUGCUCCUGACUGCGGGGAAUGACACCACUUCAACUGCCAUAAUUUACGGCCUUUACCAAGUUUACACUAGACCUGCUAUCUAUAACCGGAUUUUCCGUGAGCUUACAGAGGAAUUCCCAUCACUCGAAGAAGAUAUUACCUAUGAACGUGUUAGGAAAUUGCCUUAUCUGACUGCCACCAUUAAGGAGAUACUGAGAGCUGGGUGCCCUCUACCAGGACGCCUUCCCAGGACAGUACCACAAGAAGGCUAUCGGCUUUACGGCAAUUACUUGAAGCCUGGUGUUAACAUCCAAAUGUCCCCUUACAUUCUAAACCGUCACCCAGAUGUCUGGGACAAACCCGACGAAUUCAUCCCCGAGCGGUGGCUCACCGACGACGUUGCCAGGCUCGACAGAUAUCUGGCUACCUUUAAUAAGGGGGCUCGGCAGUGUCUAGGCAGAGAGCUAGCUUGGUGCGAGAUGUGGGUUGUUUUCGGAAACAUCUUCCGACGUUUCCAGAUUACACCGUACAACACGACUGACAAAGACAUGGAGUGGAAGGAUUUAAUUCUCGUAGCUUAUAAAAACAAGUUCUACGCUACUGUAGAAAAGAAGCUAACUUAGUGUGAGCUUCCAUUGACGGGUUAGGAGAAUUCAGUCGAUACAGGAGUACCUAGAAUAGGUUAGGUACCUACCUAGGCAGGCAUAGAGCGGUUGUACUAUCAACUAGGUAUGAAUCGAUGGGGAAAAGUAGGGGGUCUAUAGGCAGCGUACUAUCCAGUAUAUAUGAAUUCCAACUGGGUUGAUAGAGAGAGGAGACUUCGUAUGAACGUUUUCGUGUCAAUAGUUACUGGAGUGAACGAGCUACAACAAGUUUAUAUUAAAUGGCCGUUGACAGGAGAGAGAAAAUCUCUCGUACAGGGCUGACCUUGGGUACCUACCUCCUACUCUACAGUCGCCCUACCACUGGAGAGUUUGCUCUGAAAAUAUCGAAAUUAUUAAAGGGCGGGUAAUCGAUGUUUGGGUAAACUACGCUUAACUUUCUUACUCGAGACAUUCCGAAGUUCGCACGCCGCAA